AUGGCUGGAGAUGGUCACACUGAAAGUACAAUUAAUAAAUCAGACAUCUCUCCACCUUUACCUCCCGGUGUAAACUCGACCAAGAAGGAAAAGACAGAACAACCGUCACAUACUACAAAAGCUCCUUCGCCAAGCCGGACUGAUAUCGAAGAUGCUAACUUCUGUCCACGAAAUCCAGUCGGCGUUCAACUCCUUUCACGCAGUUUGCAAUCACAACUCUUUCCUCCUCAUACCACUCAAACACCGGCUAUUCAUGAAGAAGCAUUGACGCUUUCACAGCAUCAUCUAAAAUCACACGGACUGGAACCUGAACAAGCUUCAACAUUACCUCCAAUAGCAUUCGACCUGCCAAGUCUACAAGGCAAGGAUCUCAAUCAACAUUUCUGGAACUUAGGUCGACAAGUAGCUCAGCCAUGGCUGGGAAUGGCGCAUAAUCUUGCUGCAUCCACUAUCCUUGACACACUACCGGAAGGGCUUACUAGCCAACAAGAGAGCGAUACUGAUCCAGGGGAACAUCCAGAAAGCGGUGAUUUUGCACCUCAGGAUUGGCUAGCGUUGGAUCCGGCUAUUCGAUCAGAAUGCAGUCUUCGUCCACCAAAAUGGUUAAAGAAGCCAGGAUGGGUUCGAUAUCCUAUCUUGAAAUCCAAUGAUGGAAAGUCUGCUUUGGGUUCCGGUGUACCCGUAGACUAUCCUUUGGAAGAGGAUGGAGCAUUGGUAUUCGAUGUAGAAACAAUGGUAGAAGAAGGUCAAUUUCCCGUAAUGGCAACUGCUGCAGGGCCAAAAGCUUGGUAUGCAUGGCUCAGUCCUUGGUUCUUGCAAGAAGGCGAUCGUCACGAAUCAAAAGAUCAUUUGAUCCCAUUUGGUCCUGCAAAUGGUCAAAAAUCGCCAACAGCAAGGCUUUUGAUCGGUCAUAAUGUGGGGUACGAUCGGGCGCGUAUACGAGACGAAUAUUCUCUCGAACGAAGUAACAUUCGCUUCUUGGAUACGAUGUCCUUACAUGUGGCCACACGGGGAAUCUCCAGUCCUCAAAGAGGAGCAUGGGUUCGGCAUAACCGUAGUAAGACGUUGGAGAGGAUCCUAGAGCAAGACGAUGUGGCUGAAGUGAAGAAAGCCGUCAUUCGAGCAGUUUUGGGUGGAGAGGAUGUUGAUGAGGAAAUCUUGGCAGAAUUUGAUCUUGAAGACAUGUUAUCUGAAUCGGCGCAAGGUAGACAAGACGCGACGCUCAUUCCUCCAGGUCUUGAUAGCAACGGCGGCUCAGCUUCUGCAUCUUUGCUAUGGCAAGAUAUCACAUCCAACAAUGGUCUCGCUGACGUUGCUAGAUUGCAUUGCAAUAUAGACUUACCAAAAGAUACUCGGCAAUAUUUCGUUGACGGUACAUCACGCGAAGAAUUGGUGGGCAUGAUGGAUGAACUUUUGACGUAUUGUGCAACUGAUGUAGCGGUUACCCAUAAAGUGUUUACAAAAGUCUGGCCAGCAUUUGUCAAGAAUUGCCCCAACCCUGCCACAGCUGCAGGAGUGUUGGGCUUGAGCAGUGCAAUUCUUCCUGUUGAUGAUGAAUGGAACGAUUAUAUUUCGCGAUGCGAUGAAAAUUAUGACACUUCUUUGCAACAAUUACGUCAGAAUUUGGUCGAUUUAGCAGAACAGCUACGACUUCAAGGCACGAAAGACGUAUCGUGGGAUAGCGCAAUGGCUGCCAGUAUGGCAUACGCCAUGCCUUCGAAUGAUCCUGAAGCAGAAGAGCCACAAGAUUAUAUGACUAAACUCCAAGAGCAAGAAACUGAAAUUAAUAGGGAAAAGCUGUGGUGGGAAACAGACCCAUGGGCAUCCCAAUUAGACUGGACUCCGAAGAAGCAAAAGAAAGACAAGUCUGCAAAGGUUGGCCUAAAUGGAGAGACUGAAAGUUUGUCAAAUUCUAUCCCUAAAUGGUAUCGCGACAAGGUUUUGAAGCCUGAUACUGGCUUGGGUCGAUCGAUGUCCCUUACACCAGCUAUUUUGCGACUACAACAUCGAUCAAGACCAUUUGUGAAGGAUGACGUAGAGAAAGGUUGGACAACUUCCGCUGGUGAAGGAGAUGAAGAACCAUUCAAGGUGAAGGGAACACCUCUCAAACAGACAGUCCUAAAGAAGGAUUCUGAACAGGAUAUAAGCAGUGGGCUAGGACCAGCAGGACAAGAAGCUUUGGAAUCAUUGCGCAAUGGUGAGAGUGAUGAUGUGAUCCGGGCAAAGUUGCGCUCAGCAGCAGAUGCCUUGGUUGAGUGGGCUAGUGAGCAUCCCGAGGAAGUCAAGAGUGAUGCGCAAUUAAGCCUUCUUGACUGGACGCCUGUUGAGGAGCCGACACUGAGCGAAUCACAGAGUGAAACAGAUGAUCCGGCAUCACAAGAAUGGUGGCCGAAAUGGUAUUGGGAUCUGUACAAAUCAGCAACGGGUGAAUUGGAGAUCACGAUCCGGUCCAAAAUUGCUCCCAUCCUACUGUGCUUAACAUGGCAAGGAUGCCCUUUACAUCACAGUCGUGAACACGGCUGGGUCUUCCGAUAUGACCCGCAAAUGGUAACACCCCUUUUGACCAGACAGAAGCCUCUUACUUUCAAGCUUGCGGCAGACUAUACAUUCACCAAUGAUAUAGAAAGGACAGUAUCACAAAAGCUUUCAAAGAUCGCGAAUGAAGCGAUUGGGAAGAGUAGCGCAAACGUCGAUCCAGCCAGUAUAACACCAGUCUAUUACAAAGUUCCCCAUGCCGCAGGUGAUGAUUCCAACGUCGGCAGUCCGUUUAGCAAGAACUUUGUUCCUUUCUUCGAGAAGGGCACUUUGCAGAGUGAUCAUCCACAAGAGAAAGGUCGUUCAGCUGCCAAAGGAGCAUUAGAGACGAAUGCACGUUGCAGCUAUUGGAUCGGUGUUCGAGAUCGCGUUAGGAAACAGAUGGUCGUCUGGGAUGGAGAAGGUGAUAGUCAAAUGCACUUUUCAGAAGGUGCGAGUGGUGCUCGACAAGAUUCACCUUCUGAGUCAAAAAGAAGAAAGGGUAUCAUUUUACCUCAAAUCGUUCCGAUGGGAACGGUGACGCGAAGAGCAAUUGAGAAAACAUGGCUUACUGCUUCGAAUGCAAAGAAGAAUCGUGUUGGCUCUGAACUGAAAGCGAUGGUCAAAGCGCCUCCCGGAUGGUCUAUCGUGGGUGCGGAUGUAGACAGUCAAGAGCUUUGGAUUUGCAGUGUGAUGGGAGAUGCUCAAUUUGGCUUCCAUGGCGCAACUGCUGUUGGUUGGAUGACGCUGGAAGGCAGCAAAUCACUUGGUACAGAUUUGCACAGCAAGACAGCCUCAAUUUUGGGAACGGGUCGUAAUCAGGCAAAGGUGUUCAACUACUCGCGAAUUUAUGGUGCUGGAAUUCGACAUUCUUCCCAAUUAUUACUCAAAGCAACACCUGAUAUGUCCACAGAAGAAGCAAUGCAAAAAGCAAAGGAACUUUAUGCAAGCACAAAAGGCAAAAGUACAUAUACGGAUGAAUAUUUCGGCCGAAAGUUUUGGUUCGGAGGAACGGAAAGUUAUGUGUUCAACAAGCUUGAAGAGAUUGCAUUAGGUGAAAAGCCAAAGACACCCGCUCUGGAUUGUGGUGUUACAGCUGCAUUGACUAGAAAGUACCUACCGAAACAAUCAUCCCAACGACAACGAUUUGGCGGUAAAGGUCUAACCGGCAAUGAGGAUUACAUGCCCAGUAGAAUCAAUUGGGUCGUGCAAUCAAGUGGUGUGGAUUACCUCCAUCUCUUGAUCACCGCUAUGGAAUAUCUGAUAUCCACGUAUGAUUUGCAAGCUCGAUUCAUGAUCAGUGUUCAUGAUGAAGUACGCUAUCUAGCUAAGGAUGAGGAUAGAGCAAGGGUCACAUUAGCUUUGCAGAUUGCCAACUUAUGGACGAGAGCAAUGUUUGCUCAUCGUCUGCAAAUGGACAGUCUGCCACAAGGUGUAGGCUUCUUUGCUCAAGUUGAUAUCGAUAAGGUUUUACGAAAAGAAACUGAUGAUCCUUGUAUCACGCCAAGUCAUACAGAAGCAAUUCCAUUCGGGAAAGCGGUGGACAUCUAUCAAACCCUAUCGGAUACGAAAGGUGGCUCGUUGUACACUGACGCCGCUUCAUUAAUACCUGCCAAUGAAGAGAUUGAUAUCUCUAAGCCAAAGUACAAAGAGUCCACGCAAGCUCAUCGAUCUUUGGGAGAGAGAGGCUUGCGGUUCUUGCAAGCACAAGCUUCAGGUGAUAUUGGAGAGAUUUCUGCUUUAGAACAAAGAGCAUCAAGGUACGAAGAGAUGGAAGCAGAAGGAGAAAUUGAUGAUAGUGAUAUCUCAUACAUGCAUGAAAUUGCUCAGACUUCUUCCCAGCGAUCGAGAAAGAAUGGUUCUGAUGCUUUAGGUACGAAAAGUCGUCGACCAAGUACUCCCCGCAGAAACAAACAGAACGAUCAAUUUGCUUCUAUGCACACAUCCGCUCGCUUGGAUUCGAAUCUGCCCUCCGAUUUGCAAGACAUUGUUUCAUGCUUUCCUUCGCGACCAUUCAAAUUGCACGUACCAUUUUGGAAGACAUCGGAGCACCGAUUCAAGACCUUAUGGAAUGUUUAUGCAGCCUUACUCCGUGCAAUCCCAAAAGAGAAUAUGAAUGUCUUGCAAGACGUUCGCGAUACGAUCCGCGCUUAUCGACAUUGCACAAGCCCUGGAGAAGUACAGAAGCUGGAAGAUCGUGCAUCAGAUUUAUUGCAUUUGUUGAAGAAAGCCAAAAAGGGUGACAAAGAAGCAAUCGAUUCGCUUGCAGCUCUGGAAGAGGAGAUCUCUCAAUCGGAAUACGAGAAAAAGUGGACAGAAAAGGCAGAAGAAUAUUUUGAAAGUAUAAAGGAUAAACCGAUUCCACGCCCUUCUGGUGCUUUGCUUCCGCCAACGAUCUACAAUCCACCCUUGCUUCGAUAUAAACCCGUUCAACCUGAUCACAUCACCAUGCUGAUCGCAAAACGAAGAUCAGCGCGAGAGUUACGUGGGCUGAAGAGGGCAGAUUCGGUUGAAAGGUUGAAGCAUCUUAAAGUUGAUCCUUUCCUGUCUGAAACGGAUCGAAUGGAAUUUUCGCGCAAGAUCAGUGAUUUUGAAUUACAGCCGAUGCAAGAAGCUUAUGAUCGUGAUCGAGCGCGAUCAGAGAUGGUGUUCAGUACAAGCAUGUUGAGAGUGGCCAAACAUGCUCGUCAGGGCAAGAAAAGAAGUCGUGAACGAAAAAGAAAUAUGGAGAGGGAAACUUUAGAGGAAUGA